AUGGCGGCUAGAAUCGUCGGCAAGCUGUGACACCUCCAAAAUUUAACUAUUUACAAAAUUUUCUGAGCAACUGUCAGAUAUAAUGAAUUGUAGAUAACGUAGUGUGUGCAGUCUUUUAUAUUUAAUGAUACGAAAAAAACAUUCGCUUGUUCAAAGUUGUAAUUUUAUUGUAAUCGAUAAAUUUUAGCAGUGUUGUCAGGGAAGCUGUUUUUUGAGUUAGUAAAAUUUUAGCUCUCUGGUGAAAAUGAAGGGAAUUUCGGGCCUUGUUCCUGCCAGAUUUCUGACGAUCGUCGCACAUUUGAUUAUUGUGAUUGUUUUGUUUUGGUCCAGGGAUGAAAACAUCAAGAUGUGUUUGCCAGAAACAUAUACAAAUGAUGAGUAUCUAGCAAAAGACAAGCAAUUGUUAAUAGGUCUUGGUGUUUCACUCGGUCUGUUCGUUAUUGAGUUUCUCGGAUUCCUCGCUGGUAUCUCCAUGUUUAUGCCGUUCCAGAGUUUAUUGUCAACGUGUGUUCACAGUGGAGCUGCUGUCGCACUGUCCUACUUCCUGUUCGAUGCCUGGCCGUGCGACUGGUACUGGUAUGUGUUCGGUUUCUGCAGCGCGUUCCCAGCUUUGACAGAGAUCGUCACUUUAUUCAUGGUGCUCAGGUUCAGGAGUGGAUUUUAAACACAGAAGAAACUGUUACUGGUAGAACAUGUUCAGCAGAAGAGACAUUUGUAUGCAUUAAUGCAAAUUUUUUGUGAUUUUGAACACAGAAAAGUCUGUUACUGGUAGAACAUGGUCAGCAGAAGAGACGUGUAUGCAUUAAUGCAAAUCUUAGUGAUUUUAAACACAGAAGACAAACAUUACAAGUGCAUUUUAACGCAGAUUUCCCAGAUGUUUCAACACAUAUGACUUAAAUGCAGAUGUGCUGCUUCAGGGAUGGAUACAGGACAAAUAGUAUACUGUAGACCUUCUAAUAAAUCAGUACAAUAAUGGGGCUUGGUGUGUGGUGCAGUUCAAAGACUAUGACUAGCUAAACAGCCAUGCCAGAUAUGAAAGUCAUCCAUUAAACAAUUACAGAGUUAAAGGCAAUUAGAGAAAUUUUAACCACACAUUAACCCAAUUUGACAUUUUUAAAACUAAAUAAAAUUCAGAAAAUUUGUCACAAAAUAUUCCCAACAUAUACUCUGAGAUAAAAGUUUAAUCAUCGGGAGAGUGUUUCCAGGUUUUCUGGUGUUCAUCAAAAAUGUUCCAGAGUAUUCUCUGUGCAAAGUUUACAAUAUGGUUUCGACUAGUACAUUCUGAAGGGGGAAUGGCAUUUUAGACUAUUGUGUAACCGUAAUUUCUGUAUCAGACCACCAACAGUACAGUUUCAUUUCUAGUUCUUGUUUUUCAUAAUCCACUUUCAUAUCUGAUUACUAGAAUGGCAUCUAUAAACACAAAGAUCGAAACAGAAAUGGAAAUGUGGUCAUAUAUGAACUUUGACCAAAUGUAGAUAUAGUUGGAUGGUCAGACAGAAAUCAUUCUAUUGACUUGCAUUAUCCAUUGCAUGUGAUUCAAAAAUUAAAUUUAAUGUUUUCAUGGUGCAAAUAAAAUGGAAUUUAAUUAUUUCUUGAUGUCAGGCAGAUAAAUAUUACACUGUUGUGUUACUGAAUUAAUAUGUUAAUUUAGACUGGUGUUGUUAACAAAACAAACUUUUAACUUUUUAGACUGUUGACAAUGUCAUUUAAAUUAGAUAGUAACGUGUUAUCGGGUCACAAAAUAAAAGUUGAUAAUCCCCUAUUACUCCCCCCACCCCCUUGUGAUCAGUUUUGGAACAGCCCUAACUACAUGUGUACAUGCCACUUGUUCGUCAAGUUAUGAAGUACACAUUUUGGUUGUUUUUGUUCUUUCUCCCUUCCCCAACCCCCAUUGUUGUGUUGCGAUGUCAUUAAACAGUCGUUCAUUCUUCAUUUUAUUGAUUCGACAUUGAAUUUUACAACCCAUUACGCUUCCUCUGUAUUACAAUGUAAGCAGUUUUAGGUCACAUUACGUCAAUUGUGAACAUCAGUGAUACCGAUAUAUAAACUUGUAUAUUUAUAUAUUUUUAUACAUUUAAUUGCAUAAUAUAUGAUUAUGUAUCAGUUGUCUACAAUAUGGUUGUAAAGUUAGUGAAUGUAGUAUAUGUUUGUGUGUUUAUGGUUAGUGAUGCUAGUAGCUUAGAACAUUACCAAGUGAUGUUCCAGUGCCUUUCACUGAGGUGGUUUUCAAUGUUAGGUAAUAAAAAUAAAUAGUCUCAUGAAUUAUUGUGAUAUUCAGGGAAUUUUACUACAUAGAAAAAGUGAAAAACCCAAGAUAAAAUAGAGCAUGACUGAGAACUGGUACUGUGUACACUUACCGGUUUUAUCAUGAAAAAGUCAAAUUCAGUGCAAGUGUUAACAUCUUGUCUUUAUAAAAUAUAAACAUUUCUGUUUGGUCUCAAAUAAUUUGAAAUAUUGUCUUAAAAAAAAAGACAGUAUUUCAAAUUUAAAGUCAACAUUUUAAUUUCAUUUUAUCCAAGGAAGAAAAAAGCAUAAAUUCAAUUUUUUGGAGUCUUUGGCAUAAAGUGGAUUGUUUUAUUAAUUGUGGUAUUCAGUAAUUAGUGCCUUGCACAAAGUGUCCAGUGAUAUCUUUUGUACCGAUAGUUGAAUGAACAUUUCAUAUUUGUACAUAAUCAUGCAAUAUAGAAUAAAAUCUUUUUAUUACUAGUA